UCGCCAACGUAUUCUCCCACCCGCCACCCACGUUCAAGUCUCCACAUGGGUGAAGACUCAUGACGAAUUCACAAAGGUAAUCCGAUUUUGAAGUCGUGCCACGAACACGUCCACGGACCGCAGCAUUCCUCCACGAGCGUUCUCUUGUGAUAGGUGUAGGCGUGACAGAUAGUUGUCCAUGGAGCAAAAAAUGGAUCCGCACCAUCAGCCACCGCCUGCUUUUAACACAUCACCGCCAUAUCCUUAUCCGCAGCCGCCACCUCCGCCUCCGCAACAACCAAAUGUUGUUAUAACGGGCGCGGUCUUUGGCCCAGAAUCGCAACAUAUGACUUGUCCAUACUGCCGUGCUAGCAUAUCCACACGUAUAGAAACGGAAGCGAACACAAAAACGCACUUGUUCGCGUUACUUCUUUGUGUUCUGGGAUGUUGGUGUUGCGCACCAUGUCCUUAUUGCAUGGAUAGCUGUAUGGUAAAGAAACAUUAUUGUCCGGCAUGCGGCAAUUAUCUCGGAUCGUCUGAAAAUUAAUCCACUUCAAGCUGCGAUAAGAGAAUACGAAGAGAUAUUACGGCAUUAUCAUAUCAUCGAUCAAGGUUUAUGACAACGAAAAAAAAAAAUAGUUUAAGGGUCGGCAGGCGACAUGGUGGA